AUGAUUGCCCCUGUCCAAGAAGCCUUCGUCGAGAUUCUGGCCGAUACCAAGAUAUCGGGGGACUUCUCUGUUGACGAGAACGUGACCUCAAUGCUCCCGAAAGGCAGCAAAGUCUUAUCCGCCAUCAAGUUUGGAAUGUCAGCGUGGACCAUCACAGCACGUCUGGAAGUCGAGCUCCCGGACCAAACACCCAUGCAAUACUUUCUCAAGUGCGCCACUGGGGAAGCCGGACGAACCAUGAUGGAAGGCGAAUUCAAUUCCAUGAGCGAACUGUACAACACGAUGCCCUCUUUCGUACCGAAGCCCUACGGCUGGGGAAAAUAUGCCAGAGGCUCAGCUGAACCUGAAACGUACUUCUUCCUAGCGGAAUUUAUCGACAUGAGCGACCGACCGCCCGAGCCCACUCAACUGUGCACGAAGCUGGCCCAGCUGCACCGAGACAGCGUCUCGCCGACGGGCCAGUUUGGAUUCCACAUCACCACGUGUCAGGGCCGGAUCCCACAGGCGGUGGCCGGGUGGGAAAGCAGCUGGACGGUCUAUUUCACGCGACUGUUGCAGCAUGUUAUGGAGCUGGACAUGGCCACCAACGGACCAUGGGCCGAGUUGGAACGGCUCGAAGACCGGCUCGUGAGCCACGUCGUGCCGCGCCUGCUCGACGCCCUGGUCCAAAACGGCCGCAGCGUCAAGCCCUCGUUAAUCCACGGCGAUCUGUGGGAGGGCAACACCGGCACCGCCUACCGGACGGGGGAGAUCUAUCUCUUCGACGCGGCCGCCAUGUACGCCCACCAUGAGCUGGAGAUCGGCGAUUGGCGCUGCCAUUACAACAAGAUCCACAGCAAGGUCUACACCAAAACAUAUCUGCGGUACAAUCAUCCCAGCGAGCCACGUGAGGAAUGGGACGAUCGGAACCGCCUGUACAGCAUCUAUUACAAUGUCAUCUAUUCGGUCAAUCACGUCAAGUCUGGGAAAGCCGUGCGCCAGACCGCGUAUGAUGACAUGUAUCAUCUCAUUGACAAAUAUGCCCCGUUCGCCAAAGACCAAGGUCCUCCGAAACUGACCGAUGCCGAGAGGGUCGCACUGUCGCAGGAACGAGAUCACACCAAGCCUUAG